AUGUCAGCAGGGCGCACCUGGUUCGGAGUUGGGGGCGCGCUAGCUCUUCUCCUUGGCGCAUUUUUUCAAAGUCCGCAGUGGCUUUACCGAUCUGACUUUGCGUCCGUUGAUUACGACUACGUUCGGAAUGAGUCUCAGUGUCCAGACAUCAGCGUGGGCGAUGUUGAGCUACCAUGCUUACCUCUGCCACCGACUGCGCUGGGCGAUUUCGAGCGCACAGGGUUCCUGGUUUUGCGGCAGGCCAUUCCGCUUGUUGUUGUGAAGCGGCUCUUCCAGGAAGUCCAGUGUACCUUGCAGCCACAGCAACCAUCCGACCUUGACCAAUGGGCCCUCUCAGCACGCAAUGUUUGGAUGGAUUCGGAGGCAUUCUCGAGUUUUGUGCUACAUGAGCGCAACCCUUUGGGAUGCCUAGCGGCGCAGCUCAUCCAUGGUGCAAGCACAGUCCGCUACGGCAACGAGGCGGUGAACAUGAUUCGGCCGGGUCAGACCGGAGCCCGCACGUGGCAUUUUGAUGUGCAGAGUAACCUUCGGCUUGAGCAAUCCCCACGAGGCUUGCCGCUCGUGCGCUUCUUCCUGCCUUUGGGGCCGCAGGACCUCACCGCAAAUUGGACUGGGGGCUCGCUUCAGCUGCUGCCCCUCGAGGCGGUGAGACGCUUGCGGCGGAGCUACAAAAGCUGCUUCGUCGACCGCGAGAGGAAGCUGACCGUAGGCGCUGAGUGCGCUGUGGCAGCCGAGGCAGUGGCAGAGACGCCCGACCUUUCGUUGGGAGAUAUCGUGCUGUACAGCCCGCUGAUUCCCCACAAAACGCAGGCUGUCAAGAAAGGCACGCGAGUGGGCUACCUUGGAAGCCUCUAUGAUCCAGAGCUGCUUACCCGCUGGGUGCGCAAGGAGCCGAUACCUUCACAAGCAGAUCCCGAGAGAUAUCGACUUGCUGACUCGAUGCUGUUUGAUGUCUUCUGCUUGGCAGGAGCUGCGUGUUACGACCAAAGCAGCCGCGCAUGCCACCACAACCUGAACUGGCAGAGCGCUGCCACACAAGGCAUUAGCGAUGGCACGACGCCCUGCUUUCCCCAGAUUUAUCCAGAGCACGACGACGACGAGGUUGCAGCGCGAGUUGCCAAGAGUCUUGGAUACACAUUGGCAAGCACCUGGCAGCAGAGCAUCCUUCAGGCACUGGCCUUUAUCCGUUCAGUGCUGACAAACUGGAGUACACGAUGGAACUCGCACCUUGGAUGGAGCGACACGCGAGGAACCGAUGCCUCGGAAAAGGAGGCCCAGAAGAAGACCGAGGAGCAGCUGGCCACCAUCACGAACCAGCUGGCAGCUGUGGCCAGGGUUGCCCCGGCACUGCAAUUCUGGCUGGACCCCUGCCUUGGCUUUACAACGUCGACCUUGCGGACAAAUGCUGGCAAUUCUGACUCGACAGCUACAGAGGGGAAGCUUUCGGAUCCGAUGUUGCCAGCGCUUCGAAUCAUCAAGGAUCGCUGGGAUUCGCUGAAGCAUUUCUCGCUCUACGCGCUGUACCUGGAGUGCGAGCAAAAGCAGCUUGACUUCGGCAGCAGCGACGACGAGCACUUGGCGUAUUUGGUUCGAGCGUCGAACGCCCAGAUCGAUCAGAUUCUGCAGAUCGACAAGGACCGAAUCAUCUCCCACGACUCCAUGGUGCCCGGACUUUGUUACGACCUGCUUCGCGAGAAUGCAGAGUUGCGUAAGAUGACGAAUUCGUACCAGCUGCAUGUCUUAAUGCUGUACCAGGGGAAGAACAUCUCCGAUGCUAGCAUAGGCACGUGUGCAUUGCAUGCUCCUGUCAUGAUGCUUGACCGCCUGGAGCGCUCGUCUUGUGAAGUUGGCGGAUCAGGCAUGUCAACUGAAGUGGACGAUACAGGCUCCGAGCUAAGACAAGAGCAACUUAUGUUUGGAUUUAAUGGCUUUGGAGGUGAAGACUGUGUGCCAUGCCAAGUUUGCAUGGUAAUGCCUUCCGAAGUCUCACAUCGUGUUUGA